CAAGAAAGGAAAAAGCCUCACGGCUCGUCAUUUCAGUAUUGGGUUUGGGCAUUCUUGGCUUUGAGGCGUUGAGACCUGCGAUUUCUGCUUAUUUUGAUGUUUUUUUUUUUUCCUUUGCUCUUUUCUUCACUACCAUUCAAUCGCUCACUCCACACGCUUGGAUUUUUUUCUGGAUCUACCAAUUGUUUUAUUUAUGCUUUUUUAAAUGGGAUAGGGGAGCUGAGAAUAUUGCAUUGAUGUACGUUUGGGAGCAAAUUUGUUUACCAGGAGCGAAGAAGCAACAGGAAUCUUUUUCUCUAUGAUACCGGAAUACGGCGUUUGUGGUCAUUUUACAAUCUGCUCUUUAUACCCUUUGGAAAGAUUUGGAAGGAUGCUGUUUUCUUGCCAGGUAUCGGCAGAAACAGAGAGACACGAGCCUGCUUGGACCAUGCCUAUGGUGCUUGGAUUGCGGCACGAGCAACAGCGCAGCGACCCGGACGUGAUGCAAUGCAUUCGCCUCCCCGUGGAGAGAGACCGCCUCUCGGCCAUGCAAGCAGGCGAGGCGGUAUGCAUCAAACACGCAGCUCCAGAGCCGUGCGCUGUGAAUCAUUAGCAUUAGCAGGAUUAUUAAGACGUAAUACGAGUUGGCGCAAUGGAUCCCGUAUAUGGGCGACAGCGCAACUUUUUCUCAUUCUCUCCUUCCUGUGCCCCCUCUUCAGUUGGUGACUGUCAAUUUCGGUGUAGACCAGGUUACUGGUUGGUUGUGGAGAUUCGGUCACCGCAUCAAUAGCUGCAUGAAUCACUCGAGCCGACCCAAUGGACUAGGUAGAAGACGUGUCUCUGUUGACUGGAGCUGGGAAAGCUGGCUAAAUGGAUUGGACGGAUGUUUCGCGGUGACCAGUGAUUGGGCAUUGAAUGGGCAAUGUCAGAGCAUCUGGUUCGUUCGUUCGUCGUGCUUCACUUAUCUUUUGCUUUCUUUUCAAAGAGGAGGCGUGGGAUGCAUUCUGCAUGUCCUAAAGACUGCUGAUAGCCUUGACUUUAUAUCUAGCCACCCAUCCAUCCAUGAUGAUUCAGCAUGGCUAAUCCAAUCCCUUUUGCAGUUCAUAUCUCUCACACACACUCAAUCUGCCUCGAUUCAACUCUUGCAUAAAGUACAAGAUAAAAAGCGUAUCGUUGAUUCGUCAUUGUCCGAUACCAGAAAUUUGAAGUAUGUAAAAUAACCAAUGAAAAAUCGUCUACUAGGUCUUGUUUUCAUUCCAUUCAAGGAGUUUAUAUGUGCGUUCUAUCUAAACCCAUCCGCCAAGCUAAAAAAAAAAAAAAAAAAAAAAAAGUCAUAGACAUGUUUCGUGAUAUCUGAGGUACCUACAUCAAACACCUAAAAAAAAAGCAAACAAAAAAAUAAAGCACAGGCAGCGAUAUGACAAAAACAGAUAUCACAAAUACUCCCCUAAGUUUUUGUAGAAUGAUGUUUGUGGAUUGUUUCUCUCUCUCUCUUCUGUCUGUCAUGCCUCUCCUGAAAAACGCCCAAGCCAAAAACUCAAAAAGAUCAAACCAAAAAAGAAAAAGAAAAAACCAAAAGCCAGCCAAAAACAGAAAAGAAAGCAUACGCCAGCUAAUAAACCAGCCAGCUUGACAAAAUUCGGACCCUCGCGCCACAUUUCUUCAUAACGGGAUACAGGAAAAAGAGGGGAAAACACACAAGAUACAAAGUUUACAUGAGAAGAAGAAAAGGGGGGAAGAGAAGUGAAGAGAAGAAAGAGAAGGGGAACAAAUUGAACUCCAAUCCCUGGGGAAUGUACUGUCC